AGCGAGGAGGCUGAGGCGCCCGCGGGUCACGCCGGCCUUCCCGUUGUCCCGCGCCCCUUCCCCCUUCCCUCCCAGCCCCUCCCGCCGGGCCCGCCCCGACGCGCGCGGGACCCACCGCAGCUGCUCCCGUCAGCCGGCCAGGCGAUGGCGAAGGUGUCGGUGCUGAACGUGGUGGUGCUGGAGAACCCGAGUCCUUUCCACAGCCCCUUCCGAUUCGAGAUCAGCUUUGAAUGCAACGAGGCCCUGGCAGACGACCUGGAGUGGAAACUCAUUUAUGUGGGCUCAGCAGAAAGUGAGGCAUUUGAUCAGAUUCUGGACUCCGUCCUAGUGGGCCCCGUGCCUGCCGGGAGGCACAUGUUUGUGUUUCAGGCUGACGCCCCCAACCCGUCCCUCAUCCCUGAGACGGACGCGGUGGGUGUGACCGUCGUCCUCAUCACCUGCACGUACCACGGCCAGGAGUUUAUCCGCGUGGGCUACUACGUCAACAACGAGUACCCGAACCCCGAGCUGCGGGAGAACCCGCCCUCCAAGCCCGACUUCUCCCAGCUCCAGCGUAACAUCCUGGCCUCGAAUCCCCGGGUGACACGCUUCCACAUCAACUGGGAAAACACAGACAGGCUGGAGGCCCCCGACAGCCAGGACCCCAGCGUGGCCUUCAGUCUGGGCUGCGCACCCGUCAAGGGCCUGGGCCUCCCCGCCUGUACCCCCGGCCUGCUCCCGGAGAACUCCAUGGAUUGCCUCUGACUUGGAGCCAGGUCCAGCUGUGUUCUGCCAGGGCUGUGGCCCAGCUCAUUCGCUUCCUGCCUGCCACAGUUGGGCAGGCUGGUCAGGAGGGCAGCAGGCCCCAUUGGAGCUGAGCCAGAAGAAAGAAUGGGACUCUGCUCUCUUCCGGCCUGGUCUGCCCUCUAAACGGCGGCACAGACUUCCGGCAGGCCAUGCCUUCGUGGUUCGCUCUUUCUCACUCGUGAUGUUUUUCUUUUGUACACCUCAAAGCCACUUGCAGGCCGUGGCACCCCUCAGCUCCUGGGACCCCAGUGACCCCCGGGCUCUUCCCACAGGCCAUUUGCCUCCCGGCUGGCUGGGGCAUUUCCCACAGCCUCUCAUGCCCCCUUCCCCAAGUUUCUGAUUGGGUUCCCCACCCCCACCCUGCCUGAUACACAGCUCUCUGCGUUGCAGCCUGGGGUGCAUGCAGAAGCUGCUUUCUAAUAUCCUGGGCUGCAGUUUCCCUGGGGACUGAGCUGGGGAGGUAGUUUAUCUGGAGGGUUUCCUGUGCCCCCCCCCAUGCCCAUCUGGAGACCACAGCAUCUCCUAGUACCCUGGUCCCUUCGCUGUUCCCUGAACCCUGUUUGAGAGUGCAGUUUUCUAUUUUGAUACCAGAAGUGUUUUGGUUGGUCUGCAAUAAAAAGCACUUCACGAA